UGCAGUAUCUCACAACAGAAGAAGCAAGCAUGACUGAGAAAACGUUUACAGAAGAAAUAGAAAAAGCCUUGGAAAAAUCCAAAGGCCUUAACCUCAAGGAGCUUCUGUUUUGCUACCAGGGGACUCUCUAUCCCGUUACUGUAUGCAGCGCAGAAACAUUCCAAGCCCUGGAGAAUUUUGAAGCCAGAAAUGAUGAUUUGGUGCUGGUGUCUUAUCCCAAAUGUGGUAUUAAUUGGCUGAUUCAAAUUGUGAAUGAUCUGAUUGUCACAACUUUGCAAACUAAACAUGAGAAUGCAGAACUGCCUUUCAUUGAAUGUGGAGAUCCUGAAAAGUUUCAGAGGAUGAAACAGUUCCCAUCUCCAAGGAUUGUGGCCACACACCUCAAUUACAACCAUCUUCCUAAGUCUAUCUUCAAAAAUAAAGCCAAGAUACUGGUGGUGUUUCGAAAUCCUAAAGAUACAGCUGCAUCGUUUUUCCACUUUCAUAACAAUGCUCCAAGUGUUCCAAGUUAUAACUCUUGGGAGGAGUUCUUUUCAGAAUUUAUGAAUGGAUCAGUUGCCUGGGGAUCUUAUUUUGACCAUGCAGUCUCCUGGAACAAACACAUAGAUGACGACAAUGUUCUGCUGCUGACAUAUGAAGACUUAAAAGAGGACUUGCUUAAUGGAGUGAAGCAGAUUGCUGAGUUUUUUGGUUUUGCUUCUACCAUGGAGCAAAGUCAGUCUAUUGCAGAUAGGGCUUCCUUCCAAGUGGUGAGGGAGAGAUCAAAGGAGACACAUGGUGCAGCUGGUCCACUUCUCUUCCGGAAAGGUGUAGUAGGUGAUUGGAAGACCCUUUUCAAUGAAACACAAAACCAGAAAAUGGAUGCAAAAUUCAAGGAGUGUUUAGCAGGAACAAAGCUGGAAGCAAAACUGAAGUAUGAUGUGUACUGCAAAGCCUGA